CGAGUUAAGUUGCAGCUCUAGUUGUUGUGUUGUUGUUGUUUUAUGCGGAUAACAAUUUUCAGCGCGGUGUGUGCGUGCGUGUGCGUGCGUCCCCUCCACAUAGGUGUGUGUGCGUGUGCUUUUCUUUAUAUUUUUUUAAAAUAAUAAUUCCAAAAACUUGUGAGCUACGCCAAAAUCAAAACCCAAAGAUAAAUGAAACCGGCGCGAGUGAGUUUCGCCCAAAGAAAUGGGCUUGAAAAUUAUUUCAGCCUGAAAAUUCCAAAAUCAAAAGUGACUGCAGCAGCAGCAACAAAAACGCAGCAACAGCGACGUCGGCAGAGCAGCAACAACAAUCUUAGGUGGUAAAGAGAGAAAGAGAGAGGGAAAUAUAUUCAUAUUCGACAGCAUGUGAGCUAAUCAGCAAAGCAGCGAUUUCUACAAACAUUUUCUGCUUCUUAAGACCGUCAAAAAAAAACUGAACCAAUAAGUGCUGAAAAUUGUUAAUAAUUUAGUUUAUGAUUUAACAAAGUGACGUCGCGUGUUUUUAGAUCAUCAAAGAAAAAAACAGAAGAAACAAAUAAGGAGAGAAAAAACAGUUAACUGUGGCUACCAAAAAGCGCAGUCGACGUCGUUGCUGGCAGAAGUGGAGAGAAGAAGAAGCAGAGAAGUAAGAAGAAGGGCAAGAUUGGGGAGCUCAAUUUGUUUUCCAUUACUUCUCUAGUUAUUUUUAGCAAAUAAAAAUCAAAAAUCUUUAUCAAAAUAGUUACAAUUAAAUCGAAUAACGCUGCUGCUGCUCUGCCACUGAGGCAGCAAUCUUAUCACUUAAAAUAUUACAUAUAUGUAUAUGUAUGUAUAUUCCAGAACCAAAAUUAAUGGGGAUUUCUUUGGGUUUAACCAUGGAAUAUUAAUUCCACCCAAAUUUAGGGGUCCUACAAAAAAAAAAGUGAUAAUACAAGUGAAAUCGAGUGUGAAAAAAAGCAGUGAAGAUGACGGACUAUGAGCUUUUGAAUAGUAUGUCCAGUACAUUUAAUAACGAUUGUGCUACUUCAACGGCGGAGGGCGGUACGUUAUUAAAUUUGGAUUUGGCGGAGGAUAAAACCCUCAAGUGGCGUAAUUUAGCCAACAACCAGUUCGCCUGCAAGGACAAGAAGCACAAGGACAAGGAGGAGGAGCGGAAGGAGGCCAGGAAUGAUGAGGAAAUCGAGGAUAUUAAAGGACUUUUGGCGGAUGUUGUCGAUGCGGCUGCUGUCAAAUUGGAAGAAGAAGCAGCGGCCGAGGCAGCGACGCAGGCAGCGCAGAAUGCAGCUGAAAAAACUGAAGAAAUAGCAGAAAAUACUGAAAAAACAAAAGAAGAAGAAGAAGCUAGCGAGGAAAUGGAGCAGCAAAAAGAAGACGGGGAAAAAGCCUUGGUUGAACCAGAAGAGAAUGAGGAAAAGGAGGUUCAGGAAAAAGGAACAGUGCAGUCAAUAACGGUAAAGCUGGAAAACAGCGAGCAGGCUGAGAAAAGUGCACUGGCAGCGACGUCGGCAGAAAACGGGCAAAACGAAAGCAUCAAGACUGAGCAGCAAAAAAAGAAGGCAGCGCAGGAACAAGAGAAAGAAGAAGCACCACUAGCAGCUGAAAAACAGGAAGCAAAUGCAGAAUUGGCAACAACAACGGCAACAGAAACAACAAUCGAAGCAGCAGCAUCUCCACUUGUUGUCCAUUCUGCCAGCGUCGACGUCGCUGCUGACGCAACAGAUUCAAAUUCGUAUGUGAGCAGCGAGCUACGGACAGAGACGCCGGCAGAGCCAGGCGCAGCGGCAGCAGCUGAUAAAAAUGAACAAGUGUCGCCAGGAGGAACGCGACGUUCGCGAAGGACACCGCGACCCACAGACACACCUACGCCCACUGCCACGCCCACACCAGUCAGUAAUGAAUGCGUGCAGGUGGAGAUUACGGCGGAGCCAGAGGCAUCGGAGCAGCAAGUGAAUCAGCACAGCCAUCGGGAGGUGCCAAAGCUGGAAGAGAUUGCAGCCACACUUAGCCAGGAAGUGAAGAAGGAGCCGGAGAAAACGCCACCGAUGACCACAUCGUUGCCCGACGAAAACCCGGCUCCUGCUCCCAAGCGUGGAAGGGGUCGUGCCAAGAAAGUACGACCGGACGCCGAGGUGGACUCCAGCGAAGUGGCUCAGCCUCUGGGCGAUGAUUCGGUGGUGGAGAAGAAGCCGGGUCGCAAGAGGAAGCUGCCGGAAGAACAGACGGAACAUCUGCCACUCACUGACGUUGUGGUGGUGGUGAAAACCGAGCAGGAGGAUCUGGGCGAUGCUCCCUCGGGCGAUGGGAAGCGGAUGCGUCGCAGUGUUCGUCUGGGCAAUAGAUUGCCCAUCGCCGAUGGAGCCCCUUGGGAUGAGGUUAAGUCGGAGCCAGCCGCCCAUCAGCCGCCUGCGGAGCUCGCCCUCCUGGAGGUCACCUCGUUGCCAAUGCCACCCGCCGUUCUUGAUGAGAAAACACCGCCCAAAAAGCGUGGACGAAAGGCGAAAAUUCCACCAGGCACGAAAAUUGAACCCGGAACCUCCUCCUCCUCGGGGCAACCGCUCACCAAUGGCAGCAAGAAAUCAAACCCUCCCUCUGGAGGAGGAGGAUCUGAACUCCAGCUGCCGAAGCGUCCGAAAAGGAGAAUCAAGCCCACGCCGAAGAUUCUCGAAAACGAUGAGCUGCGCUGCGAGUUCGAAACGAAGCAAAUUGAGCGAAUGACCCACUGGGAGUCGGCCGCUGCCGCAGCCGCAGAAGGGGACUUUGAGACACCACCAACAGGCGGAGGAGGAGGUGUCUCCAAUUCCUCAACGACCCGGCAGAAGAGCGACAAGUCCGAUGGCAGCAACUUCGAUGGAAUGCCAGGACACCCCGCUGGCACGAGUGCCAUUAAGAAGCGGCUCUUUUCCAAGUCGCAGCGCGACAUUGAAAACUACGGAGCGGCCAUGCUGGCCAAGAGCAAGGUGCGUCCGUGUCCGGAUGUCGAGCAGUUCCUCAGCGACAUAAAGGCGUCGCGAAUCAAUGCAAAUCGCUCGCCGGAGGAGCGCAAGCUGAACAAGAAACAGCAGCGUAAACUGGCCAAGCAGAAGGAGAAGCACCUGAAGCAUCUGGGGCUGCAGAGGAAUCACAGCGAGGAGGCAUCGGACAACGAUAGCUCGAAUACCGACAAUGAGUUUGUGCCCACGACGCGGGUGCAGGUGGGUAAGCCCAGUGUUACGCUGCGGGUGAGGAACACGGUGACCAAGGAGCUACCCACCACGUCGGCUGCUGCUCAGCAGAAAUUGUCACGGAAUCCGGUUGCAGUGCAGCCGACCAAACACACGAGAAGAGUGGGGGUCAGAGGAGUCGGAGGCGGCGGCGCAGGCGGAACUGUGGCAGCCGGACCAGCUGGAUCAAUUUCCACACUGGAUGCGGAACAACUGCACUCGCUGAACACGUCUAUUCUGGCCGAGGUAACGCCCAUCAGAGACUUGGACGCCCGGCCAAGCACCUCGAAGACCGCCAAGUUUAUUUGCCUCUGCCAGAAGGGUUCACAGUACUAUGCGCGCAACGCCCCGGACUCCUCCUACUGCUGUGCCAUCGAUCACAUUGACGAGCAGAAGAUCGGUUGCUGCAACGAGCUCUCCUCGGAGGUGCACAAUCUGCUGCGGCCCAGCCAGAGGGUCAGCUACAUGAUCCUCUGCGACGAGCACAAGAAGCGCUUGCACUCCCACAACUGCUGUGCCGGAUGCGGCAUCUUUUGUACCCAGGGAAAGUUUGUGCUGUGCAAGCAGCAGCACUUCUUCCACCCGGACUGUGCCCAGCGUUUCAUACUCAACACUCCGUUCGAGGAAGGGCGUGGCGAUCGGGAGGACCAGGCAGCCAAGUUCAGCAGUCCCAUGCUGGUUCUGAAGUGCCCACACUGCGGCCUGGACACGCCGGAGCGCACAUCCACGGUGACCAUGAAGUGCCAAUCGCUGCCCGUCUUUUUGCCCACUCAGAAGUACAAGAUCAAACCCGCCAAGUUGACCACCGCCUCGCACCUAACCCAGUUUGGAGCGGCCGGGAAGGCCAGCAGUCCAGGAGCCAAGGCAAAGAGCAAGGGGACAUCUUCGGCCACCGUGGCCUCGGGAACAGCCUCCUCCUCGUCAGCUGCCAAGUCGAAUGGAACCCCGAGGGGCAAGGCGGGUGGCAGGUCCAAUUCAAACUCCGGCCAGGCCCUCAACACGAUCAACUUUGCGCAGUUGAUACCCGACUCCGUGAUGAACGUGGUGCUGCGUGGCCAUGUGGUUUCGGCCAGUGGACGCGUGACCACGGAGUUCACCUCGCGGGACAUGUACUAUGCGGUGCAGAAUGACGAUCUGGAGCGGGUGGCGGAGAUUUUGGCUUCCGACUUCAAUGUGCUGACCCCCAUUCGGGAGUACCUGAAUGGCACCUGCCUGCAUCUGGUGGCCCACCAGGGCACCCUCCAGAUGGCCUAUCUGCUGCUCUGCAAGGGAGCCAUUUCGCAGGACUUCGUCAACAUUGUGGACAGCGAGCUGCGAACGGCAUUGAUGUGUGCUGUGAUGAACGAGAAGUGCGACAUGCUAAAUCUCUUCCUACAAUGUGGCGCUGAUGUGGCCAUUAAGGGUCCCGAUGGCAAGACGUGUCUGCACAUUGCGGCCAAGCUGGGCAACGUCGAGGCCACCCAGUUGAUUGUGGAGAGCUACCGGGCCUCACGGAAUAUAACCAGCUUUUUGAGCUUUAUCGAUGCCCAGGAUGAGGGCGGUUGGACGGCCAUGGUCUGGGCAGCGGAACUGGGACACACGGACAUCGUUAGCUUCCUGCUCAACCAAGAGGCCGACCCAAACAUCUGCGACAAUGACAACAACACAGUGCUGCACUGGUCGACGCUGCACAACGAUGGCCUGGACACUAUUACGGUGCUGUUGCAGGCUGGAGCGGAUUGCAAUGUGCAGAAUGUGGAGGGCGACACGCCACUUCACAUUGCCUGCCGACAUUCGGGAACACGAAUGUGCAUCGCUCUGAUUGCCAAUGGAGCCGACCUGAUGAUCAAGAACAAGGCGGAGCAGCUGCCCUUCGAUUGCAUACCGAACGAGGAGUCCGAGUGCGGUCGCACCGUGGGCUUCAACAUGCAGAUGCGCAGCUUUCGGCCGCUGGGCCUGCGCACCCUUGUCGUUUGUGCCGAUGCCUCUAACGGACGCGAGGCACGACCCAUUCAGGCGGUGCGCAACGAGCUGGCCAUGUCCGAGAGCGAGGACGAGGCCGACUCGCUCAUGUGGCCGCACUUUCGUUACGUGACCCAGUGCAUCAUCCAGCAGAACUCGGUGCAGAUCGAUCGGCGGGUCUCGCAGAUGCGCAUCUGCUCCUGCCCGGACAGCUGCAGCAGUGAUCGCUGCCAGUGCAACGGGGCCUCCUCGCAGAAUUGGUACACCGCCGAGAGUCGCCUCACCGCCGACUUCAACUACGAGGAUCCGGCGGUGAUCUUUGAGUGUAAUGACGUCUGCGGCUGCAAUCAGCUCUCCUGCAAGAACCGCGUGGUGCAGAACGGCACCCGGACACCACUGCAGAUUAUGGAGUGCGAGGAGCAGGCGAAGGGCUGGGGCGUUCGAGCACUGGCCAACGUGCCCAAGGGCACUUUCGUGGCCAGCUACACGGGCGAGAUUCUCACUGCCUUGGAAGCCGAUAGGCGCACCGACGACAGCUACUACUUUGAUCUGGACAACGGGCACUGCAUCGAUGCCAAUUACUACGGCAACGUAACCCGCUUCUUUAACCACUCGUGUGAGCCAAAUAUUUUGCCAGUUCGCGUUUUCUACGAGCACCAGGACUACAGGUUCCCCAAAAUCGCGUUUUUCGCCUGCCGCGACAUUGAUGCCGGCGAGGAGAUCUGCUACGACUACGGGGAGAAGUUUUGGCGCGUGGACCGCCGCUCCAGUGUGGGCUGUCGUUGUCAGACGGCCUCCUGCAAGUACGCCUCCCAAUCCUCAAGCACAAAUGCCUCGCCUACGGAUGCAGCGACUGCAGCGGAACCGGAAACGGAAGCGCGCCCAGCCUCGGAGGAGCCGAAGCAGACGUAGGCCACCACCACGACCUCAACUCGAAAUGAUUCCAAACUCCACAGUCGACAAAACAAAAUCCCCACCAAGAAGCCACAUACAUCAGACAUCUGACAUCACAGCACCUGCAGGAACUAUCGCCAUAUAUAGAGUAUAUAUAGUAUGCAUGAUGAAUCGAAUUUGAAGCCCAAACAGGGUCUUCUACUUCGACUGCCAAAUGUUUCAUGGUUUACAAAUUUUUUGUCUAUUUUUACGUCUAAAGUUAGUGCUUGUUUAUUUUUAA